AUGGAGGGCGCAUCGCCGCUGGAGCGGUACCUGGAGAGCUGCAGCGGCCAGGAUGACUUCUCCACCAGUCCUCAUCUGUUCACUCCUAUGAGCCCUUAUGGUUUGGAACUUCCAAUUCAAACAACUUCCCAGUUAAGCCAGUCCAAGGAGCUCCUUCCAGACUUCUCCUCCGUGGAUCUCAGCUUUCUCCCAGAUGUCACCCAAGAGAACAGAGAACAAAACCUCUCUGAGGAUGGUCAUGGAACACAAAAAGAGCUGGAUGGGUCACUACCAAGCAAGGAGGACAGUGUUCUCAUGGAUGAAAGCAGCUUGUCACAUCCAGGUGCAGCUCAGCCAUCUCCUGAAGCAUCUGGUGUGUGUCCUCCCCUGACUCCAAUGACUCCACUGACCCCAGCAACAUCUGUUUCAGAAAGCUCUGGAAUAGUCCCUCAGCUACAGAAUAUUGUGUCAACUGUCAACUUGGCUUGUAAACUGGAUCUGAAGAACAUAGCUCUGCAUGCCAGAAAUGCAGAGUAUAACCCAAAGAGGUUUGCUGCUGUGAUCAUGAGAAUCAGGGAACCACGAACAACAGCCCUCAUCUUCAGUUCAGGAAAAAUGGUCUGCACAGGAGCAAAAAGUGAAGAGCAGUCAAGGCUGGCAGCCAGGAAAUACGCGCGGGUGGUGCAGAAGCUCGGCUUCCCUGCCAAGUUCUUGGACUUCAAGAUCCAGAAUAUGGUGGGGAGCUGUGAUGUGAGGUUCCCCAUCCGCCUGGAAGGCUUGGUUCUCACCCACCAGCAGUUCAGCAGCUAUGAACCUGAACUAUUCCCUGGCCUGGUUUACAGGAUGGUCAAACCAAGGAUAGUGCUGCUUAUCUUUGUGUCUGGAAAAGUUGUGCUGACUGGAGCAAAAAACCGUUCUGAAAUCUAUGAGGCAUUUGAGAACAUCUACCCCAUUUUAAGAGGUUUCAAGAAACCAUCGUGA